AUGGGAAAUAACAAUGUCUGUCUAGCUGAAAUACCUGUCAAUCAAACAAAUUACACUUCUCCUAAAACUAAAUCAAAAUGGAAAAGGGAAGAUUUAACAUCUGGUUCUUGUAUCUAAACACUUGUUGAUAAAGAAAAUAAUCAAGAUUUCUAUACUCAUUUUUAAUGUGGUUAAGCAUUACCUUAAUAUCGCAAUAACUUAGCUUAAUAAAGAUGGAUGGAAGCUAUCAAUAGCUUAAGUACAAUCAAUGAUUCAUAAUAAACUAUUAAUUCGUUACUUGAUAGACCAGAAUUUAAGGAACUAGUUUUAUUAGGUCCACCUAAACAAUUUAGAUGGUUAAGUUGGAUGAAUUUGUUAACUAAAUGUUAACCACAUGUUANAUUACACUAAUAAAAACAAUAAGGAGUAAUACAUUCAGAAAUACCUUUAGUUUGA